AGCCGGUCUGUAUUGUGUCUGCGUUUGAAAUCAGAGGGGAGCGAUUGAAUUCACAAGCUGGCCUCUGACUGUUUGUCCUGGACUAGUUUCAAAACAAGCUGUGACAUGGAGGUCAGCGCCGAGGCCAAGAGGAUCAUGGUCGUGGCUUUGGGGAAACUGUACAGCUCCCGCAGUCAGCGAGGGGGUCUCCGUCUCCACCGGAGUCUCCUGCUGACUCUGGUCAUGAAGUCCGCCCGGGACAUCUACCACACGGCCCAGGAGACGGCAGAAAUCGUUGAAUCUGGAUGUGAACUACAACAACCGACGGCUCAGAUCAACACAGAGCCCACUGGCGCUCAUGUGGAGCUCCGGGGCCCCGCUUCGCUUGCCACCGGACACCCUCGGACUUUACCCCGUGAGGAGGUCGUGAGUUCCCACACCGAGCGAACCGGCGCAGAGAACAAGGAGAAUCAGUGCCCGACUGGCCCCGCACAACACUCGAGGAAAAGACGGGGCAAAGCGGCAGCUGAGCCGGACUUCCUGCCUUGCAAGAAAGCAAAACUUGAGCAAGGAAACUGCCCUCAACAGCUUAUUGUGAAUUCCGUUUUGAUGGACUACGUGAACUGCAGUAGCGAACUGGUAGGACACCCAACCCCCAUGCCUCUGCAGAGGGCCAUUGCAGUGUGUUGAAACCCUGCACAGUCUCAGAUGAAAAGGAAAUAAACACACGGCCUAGGAGCCUGAACGCACCAGCAGUGCGUCUGUCCCAGGAUCAUUUGGAUAAGUACUCGGGAUAGUGUGUCCAGGCGUGAUCCUGAACAAGCCGGGGCAUGUUACAGGAAUCACGGAAGCAGCCCUGUUGGUGCGAAGUCGUCCCACUGACUUUUGGCCUAAAUAUGGGCCACAGCUCAGAAGAGGGGCCGAGUUCAGCAGACCCACAGGAAUUGGUUCAGCUGGAUCGGCCCUUUAACUGCCUUUGUGAACACCUUCACAAGUCUGUUUAGGCACCCUGAACUCUGCUCAGCAGAUGUAACAUGUUAUGUGUGUGUGCGUUGAGGCCUACAUGCUGACUGAAGAUGGGAGAUGUGCUGAUGAAUUCAAGUGUAAAACAUUCAAUGACUACAACUACCUCAGUAUUUAUUAUUAAACAUUUUGUACACAAACUGAA